AUGGAGUUCCCGCAAACACAUCCAGAAAACACUUCAAAAAUAGAGAUUCUUCCCGGGGCACAGCCUGAUCUGUCGGCAGCCACUUAUGUCCUCCACCAUGAAACACAUACGCUUGGGAAUGCCCUGCGGUGGAUUUUGACAAAAAAUCCGAAAGUUGAGUUUUGCGGGUACAGUGUGCCGCAUCCCUCAGAGCCAAAAAUACACCUACGCAUACAGAUGUAUGAUAACCUUUCAUCACUCGACGCCCUUAUAGAGGCUCUGGACAAUCUCGAUAAACUUUGCGAAGCCAUAGGCGAGGCAUAUGAACAAAGCCUGGCUUCAAACGAUUACGAAAAAUUUAAGGAGAGAUUAUAA